CAUAGGUUAUGGUUGUUUAUUUUUCUUAAUUGUUUCUGUUAAACUUGUUUGUUGUUUUCUUUUUCUACCUUAUUUAAAACUUAAAAGGCUCCAGUUAUAGUUAUUUACUAAUAAAGACAGUUAUCAAAAUGAAGUCUUUGGGUUUGUUGAACUGCCGAUUUCUCAUAUGUCGGUUGUUGAAAGUUUCAACUGAUUUUUGGUUUUCAGGAUGAGUCGAUAGAAGGGUUUGAAGGUUAAAGAGGAUAAACUGACAUUUUUUGGAGUGUUAUGCUUCCAAUAUCGCAUGUGUAGUCAGUAGUGGGAUUGACUAUAUACUUUUAUAAACUUCACUGUUCUAUCUACCAUCACCAAAAGCUUGUUGCAAAAAAGUAUCUCGAUUGUAAAGUCUAGUUUGGAAACAAAAUUAAAGUAUGGUUAGCUGUAUUGUUUAGAUAUAUUAAACCUUAAUGAGUUGCAUUACUGUUAAUUACAGCUUUUGGAAUCAAACAAGAAUAGUAGUACCGUAUUGAAACCAGUGCUUGUAUCAAGAUAAGAGUGCUAAGAGAAUGGGUGAUAGAAAGAAGAUGAAUUUAGAAGAAGAUCGACUAAGCAGCUUGCCGGACGAUCUUAUCCACGAUAUUCUGUCUUUUGUUAGCAUCAAACUUGCUGUUAAAACCAGUGUUUUGUCAUCUCGGUGGAGGUAUAUCUGGACUUCAAUGCCUUGUUUGAAUUUCUCAAGUAAAGGUUUUCAUACGUUGCCCAAGUUCUCCAAAUUUGUUAAACAUAUUCUAUCUGGCCGAAAUAAUCAAAUAGAGGUGUCUUCUGUUGAGCUCAUUUCUCGUGGUAAGGUUGUUCAGCCGUGUGUUAAAAGAAUUUUGAGCUAUGCAUUCUCCCACAAUGUCGAACAAAUGAAUAUUACUUUCUUGCCUGAAAAGAAGAUCGAAUUUCCUCUCUCUUUUUAGUUCUAAGUCUUUCCAAAAUCUCACUUUGACUGGGUGUAGAGACAAACUUUCCAUCACGAUCCCGCCUACUUGGGAGCUGCAAAAUUUAACAACGUUGAAUCUCCAUUUUGUCACAUUGCAUGAUGCCAGUACUGAAAAUGGUGUUAGUCUUUUCUCCAACUCUGCAAACUUGAAGAAUCUCACCUUAAAGAGUUGUAGAAUGACGGCUCCAAAUGGUUUCAAUAUAUCUCAUCCUGUGUUGACUAGUCUAACACUUGACGAUGGUCGUACGCGUACCAAAGUAGAUACACCUCAGCUCAAGACUCUCACUAUAAUAGAUUGGCCUGCGAUAUGUCUGAUUUGCGCACCCAUCCUUUCCUCCUUGCAUUAUAAAACUUCCUAUGAUCAUUUGCGGCUUGCUACCGACGUUUUUCAUUUGGAGAAGGUGGAUGUAUGCAUUUCUAACCCCUCAGAUCCUCGUAAAACUUUAUUUCUGCUUCAACAGUUACGUAGUGUCAAAUUUCUUACACUUAACUUGGAAAUUAUCAAGUUUCUUUCCUCGUCUGUGGAACUAAUCUCACAUCAACCUUCACCGUUUGCCAACUUAAAGAGUUUAAAGGUAUAUCCAAAUAAUGUUAACCUUGUGGUUGAGAAGCAAACACAACCAGAAGUAACUAUGUCUACUGAAAUAAAAAACUAUCUGCUAGAUAGUUCCCCCGCCCCAGGUGCCACCUUCACAAUUGUUUCACAUGAGGAGGUUAGAGCUGCGAGAAAUGUUACAUCAGCACAAAACCUUAUGAGUGAAUUGCAGGGGUUUCUAGAUGAAUGGAAAGAAAAUCGUGAAACAAACACAGCUCAUAUGAAACUAGACAAGGCCCCAAUGGAAGUUGAGAACCGUAGGGCACAACUAAAAGCAAAAAAGGAAAUGGCCGUUUGGGGAACAGAUGACACAUAUCAAGGACCAGUUCGGGAAAGGGCGUAAAAAUACUAGUCACAUAAUUUCAAUGUUGGAGGAGAUUGAAGAAAUAAUGACUAGGCUUCCUACAUCACGUCGGGCUAAGUAG